AUGCCUGAAAAGUUUGACGAUACGUUCGGGUGCAUGUUCAUCUCGUUCUCACUUGACCUGAUGUGCUAUGGUGCCGGCUUCCUCGCCGUCCUGCAAUACUUCCGCCAUGGUUAUGGUUCCAAGGACUCUGUCGCAAUCAAGGCCAUGGUCCUAACACUAGGAUUUCUAGCUACCGUUCAUGUCGCUACAUUUAUUGCAUGGGCCUAUGAUGACCUCAUUAGUCGGUUCGGAGCGUUCGAAAAGCUCGAUGAUAUGCCACGGACCGCGCUUGUACAACUUCUAGCGAUCUAUAUGGUCUCCUUCAUUUCUCAAUGCUUUUUCACCACACGCAUCUGGAUUCUCACGCAUAAGUGGUAUUUGGCAGGCCCGAUUGCGAUCUUGGCUCUGAUUAAUAUCAUUGCUGGAAUCACCCAAACGACGCUAAGCGGAAUCGGUGGCACAUUCAGCAAUCUCAUAAACACUGAGAAAGUAACAAGUCUACAAGCGUCUGCCACAGCAGCAUGCGAUCUGUUGAUCACGGCAACUUUAUGUUGGAUUUUGAAUAAGAAACGGACAGGAAUUAAGACGACCGAUACUCUGCUCGACAAUCUCAUCAUUCUGGCAAUCAAUCGUGGUGCCGUCACAAGUCUUGCAGCACUGUUCAACUUAAUACUGUUUGUAUGGCGUCUUGGGGCGAUGAUCUUUAUGAUACCCCUUCUUCCUAGUUGUCAAUUCUAUGUACUCUCAGUCGUCGGAAGGAGUUUGCGCGACGAUGGCCGAGAUGCUGUAACACUCCCACUCGAACCAAUGUCCGGAAGCGAAAGUAGUACUGGGGGACCGGGAGGUGUUCAAGUGUCAACGUCAGUCGUGAGCUGGAAGGAUGGAUCCCAGUUUGGUUCGCAUAAGGACACCGGUACCGGUAUUGACAAAUACCUUCCGUCCUCGGUGUCUGUGUAAUCACGGAAUCCCGAGCAUCAAAAAUAGUCUGUGCAAAAAUGCUACGUAAAUGGUUGUAUGUUUAUCUAGACUGCUUUGGGAUUUUGCGUGGAAAUCUUCUUCAAAAUGCAGACGACAUAGAUUCCUUGGCUCAGCAUCCCUAUUUCCCCCGCUUGCCCUCGCGGGGUGACCGGUUAGUCGGUCAGUUCAAGGCUGUACCAAUAACCCCGUUGACAAUAGGUGGGCAUGACUUCUUCGAAGAUGAAACUUUUCAUGGAUGACAAGUGAGUCUUGAUGGAGACUAUUAUACAAGAACUUUCGCGUCAUCGGAGACCCAUAUUAUGAACGCAAGAUGUCACUUGACGAUCACUAUCCGAAGUACUGGUAAACAUCUGGGAUUCUCGUAUGCACCGUUUUUUAACCGACAAAGACCACUGCGACUCAAU